AUGGCGAGCCCCGACGCGUGCAAGAGCCUCGCGGAGCAGCUGCGUCAAGAGCGGAAGAAGCUGACGCUUUUUCAACGACCUCUGAGCGUCUUGUACCACUUCAGUAUCGUGUUUUUGCGCUUUGUCAAGUGGCUGGCACUCCGGAUCCAGCGCAGUUCCGCCACGCGCUUCGUGCUGCUUCCACUACUGCUGCUGUGGCUCGUGGCCUCGAGUCGGGACGGACCGCACCGCCCACUCUUGGACGAGAUCAAUCAGAGCGUCAAGUUUGUAGUCUGGUGGGUUGGACUAGGUGUGCUCUCAAGCGUUGGGUUGGGAACAGGUAUGCACUCGGGCGUGCUGUUCCUGUUUCCCCACAUUUUCCUGGUCGUGCAGGGCGCACAGGAGUGCCAAUCACUGGACUUUGACACUCGUCAUCACAUGUGGUUCCACCCGUUCGAAGCCAAUUGCACUCACGUCCCUCAAGUCUCUACCGUCACGUUUGUCGCUAUUUUUUGGAAAGUGUUUCUCCCGUGUAUGCUUUGGGGAGCAGGUACUGCAGCUGGAGAGAUUCCACCCUAUGCCCUAAGUCGUGCUGCUAAACUUGCUGGUCAACGCAAUGAGGAGUUUGAGGAAAUUGCCGAGUCGAAAUCUCAGUACAAUCUUAUGAACAGCAUGAAAGAUUGGAUGAUUUAG